AUAAAAGUAUUUCUAUAUUUAGAAAAAUGAAAAUAGGAAUGGGAUUAAUGAUGUUAAUGUUGGGGAUAAUAUGUAGUGUCCUAAACAAUGAGGUAAGGGCAGUGAAAGUAGGGAGUGUAGUAACACCAGGUUUCUUUAACAGUAUAAUUAGUCAGGCUGAUUCGUCUUGUAAGGGUAAAAGCUUUUAUUCAAGAGCAGCCUUCUUGAGUGCUGCUAAAACUUUUCCUAAGUUUGGGUCCGGAACCAAUCUUGCUGCUAAGCGGGAGAUCGCUGCGUUCUUCGCUCAUGUCACUCAUGAGACUGGCCACUUUUGCUACAAAGAUGAAAUAGGGGCAUCAACAAAACCAUAUUGUGAUAGAUCAUGCACAAAGUAUCCAUGCAAAGCAGGUAAAAGUUACCAUGGAAGAGGUCCAAUCCAACUUACAUGGAAUUGUAACUAUGGAGCUUGUGGGAAAUCACUUGGGAUUGACUUGUUGAAGCACCCAGAAUUAGCAUCAAGUAACCCAACAGUGUCCUUCAAGACAGCCCUUUGGUAUUGGAUGAAGAGGGUUCAUCCUGUUAUGCACAAUGGUUUUGGAGCUACUAUUCGUGCUAUUAAUGGUGGUGAGUGUAAUGGUGGAAACCCUACUGCUGUUAAAAAUCGUAUAAAUUAUUAUAAAAAAUACUGCAAGAAGUUUGAUGUUACUCCUGGUCCUAAACUUUCUUGCUAAAUUCAAUAAAUAAAAUUAAUAUUUAUAUAUAUAAUGGUUUAAAUAAAUGUGAUUAUGAAUAAGAAACAUAUGUAUAUACUCCCUCAGGUCUAUUAUGUCAUAUUAUGCAAUUUAGAGUGAAAAUCAUUUGGAUAUAAUGUAUCAAAUUUAAACAAAUGGGGUGAGUAUAUAUAUGUUUUAGUGUUAUUGAAUUAAAUGUAUUGUUGUUGUAUUAAUGUACUAUUAAAGAUGUUAUAUGCAUGCUAUUUAUAAUAUAAAUGUUG